AAACGUCAAAAUGACAACUAAUGAUCUUGGUCUCGAUGGUGCUGUAAUUUUUCGGGUCACUUUGUUUCCUACUUAAAAUCAAAAACGGCAUCACUAUGGAGAGGUGUAUAUUUUGUAAAAUAGUUAGAGGAGAGUCCCCGGAGACGACCAUAGAAUACGAAAGUGAAAAUAUAAUUGUGUUCAAAGACAUCCGGCCAGCUUCGCAGCAUCACUUUCUUUCGGUGUCCAAAGCUCACAUCGACAGUGCAAAGUGCCUAAAAUCUGAGGACUUACCUCUUUUGAACGAAUUGGAAGAAGCACUGAAGAAAGUUUUCGAAGAGAAAGGUGCUGACAUCAAAGACGCCUCGUUUGGUUUUCAUUGGCCACCGUUUACCACAGUCAAGCAUCUUCACAUGCAUGGAAUUUCGCCGGUUUCGACCAUGGGCUUCAUGUCCAAGUGCAUAUUUAAACCAAAUACACUGUGGUUUUGUACUGCUGAUUGCGUUCGGAAACGACUCGAGGCAAAUACGUCUUCCUAAUUGGUUGCAAUAAGGGCAGCUUAUGAGAUUACCACGGGAGGCACCACGAAACACGUGCGAUGACCUUCUAGUUCAUACUUUUAGCUUAAAUUCAUGUUUUCGGGACGUAAGGCUUGGUGUUUUAUAAAGGGCAUGAUUAGAGGCUCAAACAGUUAUAAUGUGAUUUAGUUUAUUUUUAUUGAAUACAUACGUACAUACUUUACCACUA